AUGGCUCAAAGAGUCAUGGUUAGGUCAAAAAGUGCGCCCGACUUGAAACGGUUUCUUGAGGUUAAAAAAAACCGAUUUUCCGACUCCAAAAAUAACCCAAAAACGUCAAAGAAGCCAAAAAACCAAUUUUCCGAGCAAAUCUCCAAGAUUUCCCGACUACAAACGUGCGCUUUCCUAUGAGAAAAGUCGUUUUUUUAUUCCAAGAAGUUAUUUUUUCCGCGAGAUUUUUUUUUCUGAUAGUCCUAGAAAAUGAUGUCUUGAUUUUCUUAAAAAAAGUUUAAUUUCGUGAAACGUUUCGAAAUGACAAUUUCAGGUUCAAAAAAACAAGCUGGCAGAGCAGGAAAAAUCGUUCAUGAGCCAGACGUUCACACUGGAUACCAACAAAAAUCAGCGAUUGACCGAAUUUCGCUCCAUUGAAGGUUGGGAAUUUUUUUUUCUUGCCGCAUGGGGAAUGGCUUAGAACGCGUCGCGGUCCGUAAGUUUUCAAAAUCCGUCGCGCGCAAGUCGUUUCGUGGUCGGACGCAGUUUUCGAGAAACCGUAAUGCGACCGCGACGCCUUGAGCCAUUCCAAGUGCGACCAUAUUUUUUUAAAAGUCCAAAAAAGGUUCAUUUUCGAUUUUUGAAACGGUAAACUUCUUUUUCUUUUAAAUAAAACCAAGUCUGAGCGGUCUCAUGGCUGUCUGCGCUCUCCUCGAACCAUAUACUAUCUCGUCUUUUAUCGUGUCAGGACCAUUUUUACGAUGGCUCAAGCCAGGCUAUAUAACUAUAAAUCAGGCCACAAAACCUGAUUGAAAAAAAAUGAAAAACAAAAACUGGAAAAAAGAAAAAAAAAAUAGUGCUCCUCACAGAAGGGCAACCCAAUCUACUGGAUGCUUCAGACGCGAUUCGGGGAUUCGUCCCGCGCGCCCGCAGCAGCGGCCCUCGGCGAUCUUUCCGCGGCGACGAGAACGUCAGAAGGUAUGAAUUUUCAAGUUCUCCAAGCUUCAAGCUUCAAGAAAAUGUGAAAUUUGUUGAAAUUGGUCCACUUUGAGCCUUUUGGGGUCAAUUGAAGUUAUUUCAUCGGAAAAAUUUGAAAAAAAUCUCUUUUAAUGCAUUUUGAGCCAUAUUUGAGGUCAAUGAAUCUGAGAAGUUUUUAAGAAAAUCUCCAAUUUUCAAAGAACCGAUUAGAGUUUUGAAUAGUCUUUUUAAGAAAAAUUUCCAUGCUUCUGGCAAAAUUCAGAAAGAAAAUUUGACAAAUUUGGUUCGAUUUGAGCUAUUUUUGAGGUAAAUGAACUUUCUGAAAUGAAAAUUUGGAAGGUUUUCGAGAAAUGGACUAUUUUCCAAAAAUAGAGUGUUCAGUUGGAAUUUGAAGGCCUUCAACUACAAGAAAACGGGAAAUUUUUCAAAAAAAAAAUGUCCAAAUGUCCAAAUCGCGCCAUUUUAAGGCAUAUCCAGCUUUAUUUGUACCAAAAUUUGAAGAAAAGCCUUUUUUCAAAGCCAAUAUAUUCUAAAAAGUUUACCAAGCUUUGAAAAUUACCAAAAUCCAUCCGUUUUGAAGUAAAUUGACCUUCUCGAUCGGAAAUUCUAGGGAAAAGCUUUGAACACCUAAAAAAAAAAUUCAAAUUUCCUGCAUCCAAAAAAAAAUCAAAUCAGCAUUGAAUUGACUAUUUUAGGCUGUGUGGAAGAUUCGGGAAAUUUACCAAAAAAAUUUUAUAUUUGACUUUAUUACACAACAUUGCUCAUGUUAGCGCAUUUAGCUUUUGAUUUUUUUUUAUUGAGGCGGGGGUUUACGGGUAGAAAGCCGAAACUUUCUGCCCAUGCGUCCCACGCCCAAAUAAUCCGAGAAAUCGCAAGUUUAAUACGAAUCUCUUGAAACAGACAAAUGGCGGCCGGGGAAAAUGGGAGAAAAUGGCAGGUUUUCGCUUGGUUUUUUGACGUUUUUGGGAAUGAAAUGGAUGAUUUAAGGUUUGAAUUUCCUCUUAGGACAACUAGGGUUACGGUAGAAAGUUGAUUACAGUAAGAUUUUAUUGGUUUUGCCAUGAAGUUCUUGUAAAAAGCUUGUUUUUUUUGACGUUUUUAAGAAUUAAAUGGAUGAUUUAAGGUUGGAAUUUUCUUCUUAGGAAAACUAGGGUUACGGUAGAAGAUCGAUUACUGUAAGAAUUUAUUGGGUUUUCGCAAUAAGCUCAUUUUUUGGGAUUUUUCCGAAGUUUUUGCGUCAAUUUUGACUGAAAGAACAGCUUAAAAGUUUAAAGAAGCUUUGAUUUUGAAGAAAUAGCUAAUGUGAGCUGCAGAAAGUGCGCUGCAGUGAAAAAAGGCUGGUUCAUAAUAUCUUAGGAACUCCAGAGUGGUCCCUAUAGGGGCAAACUUAGGAACCACUAUUUAAACCCCUAUAGGGGCCACUAAAGCUUGCAAAAGUGGUCUCUAUAGGGAUUUCAGUUAGUGGCUCUUAUAGAGGAGAUGCUAUUCGAUGAUUGGUAUGAACUCUUAUCCCAUAUAGGGCCCACUUGAGCUUUAGGAGCUAAGGGAACAGAUCCUAAACCCCUAUAGGGACCACUUCAAGUUUACCCCUAUAAGGACCACUUUUUCGGCCCCUAGCCCCUAUAGGGACCACUCUGGAAUCCCUUAGAUAGUUGUAGCUAGAAAUCUUGACAUUUUUUCUCGUUAUUUUUGCUUUUUCCGCCCUUAUUUCCAAAUUUCCUUCCUCUUUAUGCUAAUUACUAAUUAGAAAUCUCCGAAAGUCUCAAAAAAAUGAUGUCAAAAAGGUUGAUAACAGACUGGCCCUAAACUUGACAUUUUUCGUGUCUAAUGAAACCCCUGAAAAAGGCGGGAAAUUGCCCGUUUCACACACACCCUUUUUGACUACGAUUUUGCUCACAAACGCCUUUUUCCCCUCGCUCAAAUGGACCAGUCGGCGGUGAAAAAUCGGCCCAAGUUGUGAGUUUUUUGGAGAUUUUAGGCAUAUUUACCCUUUCAUUUUUUUCAAAUGUUCAUUGGUCUAUUAACUGUUUAACUGUUUAUUGCAUCUUCAAUGUAAGAAUACAUGUGCAAACGACUUUCAUUGAUUUCAACUGUGUUUAAACGGCGGCAGGAGCUGUGGCUUAGGCAGAGAAGUUGUGAAUUUCGCUCGUAGAACAUCAGGUACAAGAGAGGUCGUAGGAAGAGUUACGGUGCCGGCUUUCCAAAGGCCGAUGGCAGAGAUUGGUCUAUUAUGAAUAUCAUUUGAUCCCUAACACUAAAUAUAGACAAUAGAAAAUAAAUUGAAUUUUAGUACAAGUUCUAUUAUUGUUGUCCCCAUUCUAGAACCUUGAAAAAAUUGAAAAACCUCUACAGGGACCACUCAAGCUUUGGGGUUCAAGGGAUCACACCCUAAACCCCUAAAGUGACCACUUGUCCGGUCCCUAUUCGGUUUUUUCCCUCUCACCCCUAGAGGGACCACUCUAGAAUUCCUUAGAGACCAGAAAUAUUGACAGUCUUUCCUGUUAUUUUCUGACAUAACUUUAGGAGGCGCAAAGCCCCGCCCCUUCACGCCACCAAAAUGAAGACGCCAUUAUAGAUAGCACUCCCAAAAGUCUCCUCUUGGCGCAUUCCGCGUGCGUGCGCGCGCCAAUUCAAAUUUCGUCUCUUGGACUAGAUUUACAGGCUUCCAGUAUAUUGUUCUUUUUGUAUAAUUUUUUUCUUACUUAUUCAUUUCCAGUUUUUCUUUUUAUUUAAUAUUGACUCAUUUAGGGAAUCUAACUUUAUUUAAGAAAGUUUUUUUCUUGUUUUAGCGCACAUUCAAAUUUUUCGCCUUCACUCACUUGCACAGGCAAAUGGGGAAGGUACCAUAAUGUGCCCACAAAUAUACCUCUUAAAAUGAAUCUUGAAUAUUCCAUAACGUGUCCAUCAUGAGACGUCGAGCAUAAAUUUUAGCUCUAGCUGCCCAGGGAAUGGUGUCUGGUCGCGGUUGGAUUUCAGAAUGAGACCCAGUUCACUAAAUGAAGUUUUUUUCAUGCUAUUUCCGAAUCUGUUCUCAAAAAAAUGCCGCGCAGGUCCGUGAAAAAAAGUUUUUGGAAAAGUUUUUUUGAGCGGAGACACGAUUUUUUUCAAAGCUCCUCGCAUGAUAAGGAAAUGUGCUGCUGAAAAUUCAUUUUUUCGUUUCUCAUGAGCGAAUGGAGAACAACGUGUACAGCUUAUACAAAUUUCAAAGGAAGUCUGAAAAACAGAAUGAAUAAAAAAAUUAGAAAACGGAAGUGACUAAAAAAAUAAUAAUAAUAAAAAAACCUGGGAAGCAUUUCCAGGCUACUCGGUAGCAAUCAAAAAAAUUUCAGGUACUCUGCCCGUAUAUCCAGUUAUCAUAGAUAUGAUACCCGGGUAAAAUUAAUUGGAAGUUUUUUUAAUGCAAGAAAAAAAUUAUACAAAAAAAGAACCAUAUACUGGAAGCCUGUAAAUCUAGUUCAAGAGACAAAAUUUGAAUUGGCGCGCACGCACGCGGAAUGCGCCAAGAGGAGACUUUUGGGAGUGCUAUCUAUAAUGGCGUCUCCAAAAUGACGAUUUUUUUUGUUGCAAAAACGGUUUUGAGGCGUUUAUACUAGCUAAAGUCCCACUUUAAAAAUCAACUGUUUCUGAAAACCUCUGUAAUCGACAACGCUCUACAAGACUGAAUAUUUUUUUAAAACUAUGUAUUUUUUUCAAAAAAAUAAGCGAAAAAGUAAGAUUUAACACGAAAAAAACUGACAAGUUUCACAAAAAUCGUCGCGUUUCAGAAAACCAAGUGAGGAACGCUUCUAAAUUUUUUUAGUAUGUUAUACAUUAACACUUUCUUUAUUUUUUUGAGUGAAAAUUUUUAAAAAAAUCUAACGACGCGAAAAAAUCGAAGCUUGUAAAGUGACACCAAACUUUGAAGCUGAAAUGCGAAAAAAAUUUCAGCGACAUGGUAUACUUUUUUUAUUUGAUUUGAAAAACUAACAGUGUGUCCAAAAAAAUAAAAAAAUUCAAAAUGAAAAUAAUUAUUGGGACAGCGAAUCAAAUUAUAUUUGAGUUUUACCAAAACCUCCUUUUUUUCGCCUGCCUCGUUGACGCAUGAGAGAAUAGGAUCGCGUCUAUACUUUUUGUUUAUGUUAUUAAGCGUUCAAAACUCUACCAAUGAAAAAAUUAUGAAAAAAAUCGAUCGACGCGAAAAAAAUAACGGCUUUGAAAACCUCGUAAAAAUGGCAAUUUUUUUUGAAAUUUCGGAAGAUUUCGUGCAAGUGUCCGUAGCAGUGUUUGCGUCAAACACACCGAUGCGCCCCUUUUAAAUGUCGCAGGAGCCGUUUUUUUCGGAGUCAAAUUGUACUUUUUUUCCUGUUUUAUUUCGAAAUAACAUUAUUUUUUUCCUUUUUUUCUUUUUUUCCAAAUCGAAUGAUAAUAAUUUUUUUCUGAGUAGAAAAAAAGAAAAAAAUAAGCUAAAAAAAUCCCUUUGACCUUUUUUUCUAGGUAGUUUUUUUGAUAUUGUAUCAAAAAAAUUCUUAUGAGGAUUGUACAAAAGAUUCAUACCAAAAACAUGAGGCUCAUUUCGGACAACCUCUCAGAACAGAAAAACCGAUUUAAAAAAACGGUUCAGAAACGCGCAAAAAAACAUUUAAAAAGAAAGCGUGCGGCAGCGGGUAAACCGUGAGAUUUUGCCUCCAGUUGUACGCCGCGCGCGCUCGUUUUUUGGCCAUAACUUUUUUCUUAGUGAACCUUUUUUCAAAAACUAAACGGAUUAUGAAAAUGGACAGUCUCCUCUAUCGAACAAUGUGAAAAACAUAUGUUUUGAAUCAUUCUGAAGAAAUGGCUUGCGGACCCUACAUAACUUGGAAAUUUUUGAAGAAUUCACUUAGGAAUUUCAUAGUGGUCCCUAUAGGGGUUAGGGGGAAAGACAGUCUCCAUAGGGGCCAAAAAAGCGAUCCCUACAGGGGUCAAAUCAAGGUGGGCCCUUUAAGAGUUUCUUUUCAAUUUUAUUCAAAAGAGGUUAAUUUUUUAGUUUUUUGCAUGUAAAUUCUUCUUCGCAUAACAAUUAUUGGAUAACUUGUACCCUAUAGGGGUCACUUUUUGCAAGCUUAGGGGCCCCUAUAGGGGUUAGUAAAGUGGUCUCUAGAGUAUACCCUCCCAGGUCCCUAUGGUUGAGCUUCUAAGCAAUAUAGCAAAUAUCUAUCCCUUAAGGGACUUCUUGAGGGCUAUCUUCAGACACUUGACCCUCCCCCCCCCAAUAAGAAUGUGAGCUGAAGCCAUCAUUCAAGGGUUUUCUUUAAGUUGAAAAGUUUUUUUUGAAGAAAGUUUUUACAUGAAACAUGAUCGAUGCCUUUUUAACAAGUAAAAAUUUUCAGAGUCCGCUCGGAAACCUCGACUCUCUUCUCUUCAACGUGCAAACUGCCGUCUCUCGACAACAAGACGUCAUCUGGAGAGAAGAAGACGUGCACGAUGCGUCCGUGGAGCCGAACCCAGGAGGAGCUCCGAAAAUUCAAAGAGACCCUCAAGACCACUUAA